CGCAGAAGCGCUGACGCCGGGAGCCAGGGGAUUGCUGAGCUCAGCCCGGGGCAGAUUUCGGGGCUUUAUCCGGAGCCUGGCUUAAGCCGCGCUCCUUGUCCCCGUCCUUGGCCCACUUGGGUGGCAGCGGCGGCCGCAGUCGGGCGGUGGGCGAGCGCUGGAGGCGGCGGGGGGCUGGCGCACGCUGCCCAUCCUGGUGCUGACCUCCACCGAGCGGGCGAGUCGGCAGGCGGCAGAGGCGAGGAUGGGCGCAGGGGCCAGUGCUGAGGAGAAGCACUCCCGUGAGCUGGAGAAGAAGCUGAAGGAGGACGCUGAGAAGGAUGCCAGGACCGUCAAGCUGCUGCUGCUGGGAGCAGGGGAGUCAGGGAAAAGCACCAUCGUCAAGCAGAUGAAGAUCAUCCACCAGGAUGGUUACUCACUGGAGGAGUGCUUGGAGUUCAUCGCCAUCAUCUACAGCAACACGCUGCAGUCCAUGCUGGCCAUCGUGCGUGCCAUGAGCACGCUCAACAUCCAGUACGGUGACUCAGCCCGCCAGGAUGAUGCCCGCAAGCUGCUGCACCUCUCGGACACCAUUGAGGAGGGCACCAUGCCCAAGGAAAUGUCGGACAUCAUCGGGCGGCUCUGGAAGGAUGCAGGCAUCCAGGCCUGCUUUGACCGGGCCUCUGAAUACCAGCUCAACGACUCGGCAGGAUACUACCUGUCGGACCUGGAGCGCCUGGUGACCCCUGGCUACGUCCCCACCGAGCAGGACGUGCUGCGCUCCCGUGUCAAAACCACCGGCAUCAUCGAAACCCAGUUCUCCUUCAAGGACCUCAACUUCAGGAUGUUCGAUGUGGGAGGGCAGCGCUCGGAGCGCAAGAAGUGGAUCCACUGCUUCGAGGGGGUGACGUGCAUCAUCUUCAUCGCGGCGCUCAGCGCCUACGACAUGGUGCUGGUGGAGGAUGACGAAGUGAACCGCAUGCACGAGAGCCUGCACCUCUUCAACAGCAUCUGCAACCACCGCUACUUCGCCACCACCUCAAUUGUCCUCUUCCUCAACAAGAAGGACGUCUUCCUGGAGAAGAUCAAGAAGGCUCACCUCAGCAUCUGCUUCCCCGACUACGAUGGUCCCAACACCUAUGAUGAUGCUGGCAACUACAUCAAGCUGCAGUUCCUGGAGCUGAACAUGCGGCGGGACGUGAAGGAGAUCUACUCGCACAUGACCUGUGCCACUGAUACUGAGAACGUCAAGUUCGUCUUCGACGCCGUCACCGACAUCAUCAUCAAGGAGAACCUCAAGGACUGUGGGCUCUUCUGA